GUGGCUGCUCGGGCUGUGGCUCCCCGUUAGUGCUGCUGCACCUGCCCGCCGACGCGUCUCCGGGAGCCUGUGCCCAGGCGGGCGGAGCAGGCGCCGCCGGGGAGCGCUGCCCCUAGCCGGGGCGCCGUGACCGGGCGCGGGCUGGCUGUGGCGGCUGUGGGACUCUGCCCGGGCCGUGCCGCUGUGCCCGUCUGCGGCGGGAGGGCGUCCUCGGAUCCGUCGGGCUUGCGUGGGCACAGAAGGGGCAGUCGGCGGCAGGGAUGCGCUUGUCCCCGAGUUCAGCCGCGGUCGAAGGCAAAACUGGGCAUAAGUAGUUUUCAGGGAUCAGCCGGGAAGUGCCUGCCCCGGGGGUGGCAGCGGCGGCGGACAAAGAGCCAUGGCAUCCCCGGGGCCGGCGGGUCGGAGCAGCUGCCGUGCUCCCCACGUAGCGCCUGUGCGGGGCCCGAGGGGAAGGACGGCCCGGCGGCGGUGACCGAGAGCAGGAGAGGAGGGACGCGGGAAGGAGCUGAGCUAGUGCUGAACGCUUCGCCUCCGCUCACAGAGCUCUCGGCCGGCGGGGCGGCAGGGAUCCAUAUAAUGAAGCUUUUAUUAUGGCCAGUGACCCCUUGGAAGGCUUUCAUGAAGUGAACCUCGCUUCGCCUACUACACCAGAUCUUCUUGGAGUAAAUGAGCCAGGGACUCAGGAACAAACUACCUCACCCAGUGUCAUCUACCGACCACAUCCUUCUGUUGUGUCCACACCAAUCCAACCCAAUGCAUUAAAUGUUUCUGACCUUCCUACACAACCUGUUUAUUCAUCUCCCAGACAGCUGAAUUGUGGAGAAGUAUCAGGUGUCAGCAUCAAUGUUACCGACACAGUACUUGGUUCUACCUCUGGACCCCAGAGUGGGGCAUUCAAUCACAGUAAUGCCAGGAAGGAGAGCAGUAACGUGGAGAGAGAGCUUUUGCAGGGUACUACAGUAGCAGAUGUUGCUGAAGGAAAUGAAGAUAUUUUUGGGUUGAGUACAGACAGUUUAUCUCACUUACGGAGCCCAUCUGUACUGGAAGUAAGAGAAAAGGGCUAUGAGCGAUUGAAAGAAGAACUUGCAAAAGCUCAGAGGGAGCUGAAGUUAAAAGAUGAAGAAUGUGAAAGGCUUUCUAAAGUGCGAGAUCAACUUGGACAGGAAUUGGAAGAACUUACAGCUAGUCUGUUUGAGGAAGCACACAAAAUGGUUAAAGAAGCAAAUGUCAAACAAGCUGCAGCAGAAAAACAGUUAAAAGAAGCACAAGGAAAGAUUGAUGUCCUCCAGGCUGAAGUAGCAGCAUUGAAAACACUAGUACUGUCUACUUCACCAACAUCUCCAACUAAGGAAUUCCAGUCUGGUGGAAGAACUCCUUUUAAGAAAGGCCAUGCAAGAAACAAGAGUACAAGCAGUGCUAUGGGUGGCAGUCAUCAGGACCUUACCAUGAUGCAGCCAAUUGUAAAAGACUGUAAAGAGGCUGACCUGUCUCUGUACAAUGACUUCAGGUCUUGGAAGGAUGAACCUACUCUGGACAGAACAUGUCCUUUCUUGGACAAAAUUUAUCGGGAAGAUAUUUUUCCAUGUUUAACUUUCUCCAAAAGUGAGUUGGCUUCAGCUGUUCUGGAAGCUGUUGAAAACAACACUCUGAGCAUUGAACCUGUUGGCUUGCAACCUGUUCGAUUUGUGAAAGCUUCUGCAGUUGAAUGUGGGGGACCAAAGAAAUGUGCUCUCAGUGGACAAAGUAAGUCAUGCAAGCAUAGAAUCAAAUUAGGAGAUUCAAGCAGUUAUUACUACAUUUCUCCUUUCUGUCGUUACAGGAUCACUUCUGUGUGUAACUUCUUUACAUAUAUUCGAUACAUCCAGCAAGGACUGUUGAAGCAGCAAGAUGUGGAUCAGAUGUUCUGGGAAGUUAUGCAGCUGAGACGAGAGAUGUCACUAGCAAAACUUGGCUAUUACAAGGAAGAGCUCUAAAACUUUUUACUCUUGCGCGUGCAUGAACUUAAUUGAAUAUACAUAACUAAAAUUGCUGAACCUCUUUUUGUCACUUGAUAUUUAUUUUCACAAAGUGGGUCCAAGAUCUUUCUCCAUUUGCAGAUGGCACUAAGAAGUACUGUGAUUGUUUUAAACUGACCUAUGCUGUAUAUGCGUACAUAUAAUACUUAGUUGAACAAAUGUGGUAAGCACUUGCAGGUGUAUUAGUGAUUGUAAUUUACAUUUAAAAACAAAACUUCUGAUUAAAGUGUUAAUCUGAA